AUGUUCACGCUCAUGGGUGAGCCUAAUGUCGAUAGUGUCAUCUUCAUACCCCAAGGACCACUAUCAUUCAUGGUCUUCUAUGCUACACGAGCAUAUUUUCCAGUUCCCCAUCCCAAAGCCUUGCAAAAUAACUGUGGUUUCUUUAGGCCCAAGGGUUCCAUGGUGAAAUUGAAGAUUUACAUCAAUGGCUUGACUGACACUGAACGCCACCUGUUUGGCAUCAAAACCUGUUGGAGGUUUACCAGAAACAGCCCGAGAGCAGCUAAAUUCCAUCUGCAUCUCAUUUUGCCAAGGAUGAUAGCAUUAGUAUUGGAACUUCUUGGUGGACCCCAGAGAGUUAGACUUAAAGUUCCCCAUCCAAAUGAGAGAACUCUGUGCUGCCUUGAAGUAAAAGAAGAAAUAUAUAAGCGUCUGAUGGAAAAGGGCCAGCAGAUGCUUGCAAGAUGUCCAGAGUCUGCUGAAACAAACGUUGACCAAGACAUAAAUAACUUGAAAGAAAAGUGGGAAUCAGUGCAAACGAAACUCAGUGAAAGAAAAACUAAACUGGAAGAAGCUCUCAACUUGGCUAUGGAGUUCACAAUUCCACUGCAGGACUUCAUCAACUGGUUAACCAAAGCUGAACAGACAUUGACUAUAGCUUCUCCGGCCAAGUCUUAUCUUAGACACUGGUCUGUUUCCAAAUUGAUUGAACACAAGGUGUUUGCCACAGAAGUGAAUUCUCACCGGGAUCAAGUCAUAGAGCUGGAUAAAACUGGAAACCACCUGAAAUAUUUCAGCCAGAAACAGGAUGUUGUGCUCAUUAAGAAUCUUCUGAUCAGUGUUCAAAAUAGAUGGGAAAAGGUUGUUCAGAGAUUAGUGGAAAGAGGAAGAGCUUUGGACGAUGCAAGGAAACGAGCCAAGCAGUUUCAUGAAGCGUGGAAUAAACUUAUGGAUGGCUAGAAGAAUCAGAAAAGUCUUUGGAUUCAGAGCUUGAAAAUUGCUAAUGAUCCAGACAAAAUAAAGGCUCAACUCACACAGCACAAGGAAUUCCAAAAAUCUCUUGGAGCAAAGCAUUCUGUUUAUGACACCACAAACAGAACUGGACGUUCUCUCAAAGAAAAAGCUUCUCUGACUGACGACAACUUGAAAUUGGAUGAUAUGUUGAGUGAACUCAGAGAUAAAUGGGACACAAUAUGUGGAAAAUCCGUCGAGAGGCAAAACAAAUUGGAGGAAGCUCUGCUAUUUUCUGGACAAUUUACAGAUGCUCUACAGGCUCUCAUCGAUUGGUUGUACAAAAUAGAACCUCAGUUGGCAGAAGACCAACCAGUUCAUGGGGAUAUUGAUUUAGUGAUGAAUUUGAUUGAUAAUCAUAAGGUCUUCCAAAAAGAGCUGGGAAAGAGGACGAGCAGCGUGCAAGCUCUGAAGCGCUCAGCUCGAGAGCUGGUUGAAGGCAGCCGGGACGACUCCUCCUGGGUCAAAGUCCAAAUGCAGGAACUGAGCACACGAUGGGAGACUGUGUGUGCCCUUUCUGUUUCCAAGCAAACUCGCCUUGAAGAAGCUUUGCAUCAGGCAGAAGAAUUUCAUUCUGUGGUUCAUGUUCUACUGGAAUGGCUGGCUGAGGCUGAGCAGACGCUUCGCUUCCAUGGCCUUCUCCCUGAUGACGAAGAGGCCCUGAGGACCCUCAUUGAUCAGCAUAAAGAAUUCAUGAAGAAACUGGAAGAAAAAAGAGCUGAAUUAAAUAAAGCAACAGGAAUGGGAGAAGCUGUUUUGGCAAUCUGCCAUCCAGACUCUAUCACGACCAUUAAGCACUGGAUAACAAUUAUCAGAGCCAGGUUUGAGGAGGUUCUCGCAUGGGCUAAGCAACACCAGCAGAGGUUGGCAGGAGCACUGGCUGGCCUUAUUGCUAAGCAGGAAUUGCUGGAAGCCUUGCUGACUUGGCUGCAGUGGGCUGAGACUACACUCAGUGACAAGGAUAAAGAAACCAUCCCACAGGAGAUAGAGGAGGUUAAAGCUCUUAUAGCAGAACACCAGACUUUCAUGGAGGAAAUGACCAGAAAACAACCAGAUGUGGAUAAAGUAACAAAAACCUACAAGAGAAAAGCAGCUGACCCCUCCCCCAUACAGUCACAUAUUCCAGUCCUGGAUAAGGGGAGAACAGGAAGAAAGCGCUCCCCAUCUUCAGCUGUGUAUCCCUCUGGCUCUCAGACACAAAUCGAAACAAAGAAUCCCAGAGUAAAUCUAUUAGUGAGCAAGUGGCAGCAAGUCUGGCUUCUAGCUUUGGAACGAAGAAGAAAAUUGAAUGAUGCAUUGGACAGACUAGAGGAGCUGAAAGAGUUUGCCAAUUUUGAUUUUGAUAUCUGGCGGAAAAAGUACAUGAGAUGGAUGAACCACAAGAAAUCUCGAGUAAUGGACUUUUUCAGGAGAAUCGAUAAGGAUCAAGAUGGAAAAAUAACCCGACAAGAAUUUAUUGAUGGAAUACUUUCCUCAAAAUUUCCAACUAGUCGCCUAGAAAUGAGUGCAGUGGCUGACAUCUUCGACAGAGAUGGUGAUGGAUAUAUUGACUACUAUGAGUUUGUAGCAGCACUCCAUCCAAAUAAAGAUGCAUACAAGCCUCUAACAGAUGCUGACAAGAUUGAAGAUGAGGUAACCAGGCAAGUAGCUAAGUGCAAGUGCGCAAAACGAUUCCAAGUGGAGCAGAUCGGUGAUAACAAGUACAGAUUCUUCCUGGGAAAUCAGUUCGGUGACUCUCAACAACUGCGUCUUGUUCGCAUUCUACGGAGUACGGUGAUGGUUCGAGUUGGAGGUGGAUGGAUGGCAUUGGAUGAAUUCCUGGUUAAAAAUGAUCCUUGCAGGGUUCAUCAUCAUGGGAGUAAAAUGUUACGUUCGGAAUCAAACUCUUCAAUUACUACUACUCAGCCUACUAUAGCUAAGGGGAGGACGAACAUGGAACUGCGGGAGAAGUUCAUUUUAGCAGAUGGUGCCAGUCAAACCAUGGCUGCUUUCCGCCCAAGGGGACGGCGUUCACGGCCAUCAUCCAGGGGAGCGUCACCCAACAGGUCCACUUCGGUGUCCAGCCAGGCUGGUCCAGUGAUCCCCUCACAGACCAUUGUCACCAGCACACCCAAGACAUCCCAUCAUUUAACACGCAAUUAUGGUAAACCAUGGUUGACAAACAGCAAAACGUCAACUCCAUCUAAACCAUCUGAGUCCCCAGACUAUCAAGUAUCAUCUGCAGAGGGAACUCCAAUACAGGGAAGCAAGUUGCGACUUCCAGGUUACUUAUCAGGGAAAGGAUUCCAUUCUGGGGAAGACAGCGGCUUAAUAACAACUGCAGCUAGCAGAGUGCGAAUGCAGUUUGCAGAAUCCAAGCGAACACCAAGCCGACCUGGAAGCCGGGCUGGAAGCAAAGCUGGCAGCAGGUCAAGCAGCCGUCGAGGAAGCGAUGCAUCCGACUUUGACAUUUCAGAAAUCCAAUCUGUGUGUUCGGAUAUGUCCGAGACUCUUCCUCAGGCCAACAGACCAGCCCCUCGAGCAGGUCCUCGGCCGGCUACAGCCAAGCCUUCCAAAAUCCCCACUCCCCAGAGGAGGUCUCCGGCUACCAAGUUGGACAAGUCCUCCAAGAGAUAGUGUGGGUGGCCUCGCUCCGGUCUUGCCUUGUGCAGUCAAUAUUUAAGUUUGUAAGAUGUAAAAUAUGAUGUAGAAAUUAUUGUGAAAUAUUGCAAGAGGUGGGUUUUUAAUUCUGCAGAUGGCCUUAUUUGUGUAUUUGUCUUAUUUUAUCUCUACAAUUUGUCAUUUAAGCCACAUCAUGUGAGGAGGAAGAGCGUUUAACACAUACUAACAUUUCUACACAGUAAGUUGUAGAAAAUACACUAAAAUCAGUUAUCAGGACAGGUAGAUUUCUGCAACCUGAAGAAACUACAUCACUAAGUUACGAAUCCCUCAUGUGAUUUUUGUUUGUUUUUUUAACAAAAGCCAAAAGACUUAAGGACACAUUUUGAGGCUAUUCAAAUACACACUAAAAGAGUGUAGAAAAAUGAACACAUUUACACUACAGUUAUUAAACAGUAUCUGUCAGAGAACUCACAGGAUAUUACUUCAGGCACUUGUUGGCUAUAUGAUACUCAAAUAUCUUGCAGCAUUUCUGUGCCAUUGCUUUCCAUGAGGCCAGAGACAUUUUGGAUAUUAGAACUAUUAUACUGUAAGAAUAUCAAUAUAAAGUGCAUUCAUGUAAAUGUGAGGUUUUCUUUUGCUUGAGUGUACUGUAGCACUGUAUCAUCAAAUUCAUUUUGUAUUGAAGCAAUUUUGCUUGCAGAAAGCUAUGAAAUAAAUCAUGUCCCUUAAACUGCUCUGUAAUUACUUUCUUCAAUAAAUCAUAUUUGAGAGCUUA